AUGGCCGUUCCUUCUGCUUUUCAGGACAAGGAUACCGAGCAGCCACUGAACAGCAGAGAUGCUGCUCUCGUGCACGAGGAGGCUCCAACAGCCAAGCAAGCGUUCCUGCACAUUGGCGUCCCCGUCAUUGCAGCCAUCUUGAGCAUCGCUACGCUCAUUGGAGUCGCCUUUCUCAUCAAGGUGGCGGUGGGGUCCUACUACUUCUUCUGCAGCCAUACUUUCAAGUUCAUCCCCCUCAACCUUCUGUGUGAUGGGCAAGUGGACUGUGCCUGGGGGGAGGACGAAGCUGGCUGUGUGCAGCAGGUGCCCGAUGGGCCCCCAGUGGGAGUCCGUCUCUCACAUGUCAGAUCGAGCCUGCAAGUGCGGAACAGAGAGACGGGUGCCUGGGCAUGGGCCUGCCAUGAUGGGUUCAAGAUCACCAUGGCCGAAGCAGCAUGCAAGCAGAUGGGCUACAGCAGUGUCCCCACCUUCAGGGCUGUGGCGCUCGAAGACACGCAGGGGCUGCCUCUCACGGAGGUGGUCCUGCGGCGGGAGGAGCUCCAUUGGCAAGACUUCUCAGGGAGGCAGUGCCUCUCUGGCCUCGUUGUUUCGCUCUCCUGCUCAAGUUGCGGCAACAAUCUGAGGUUGCCACGGGUUGUGGGCGGGGACCCAGCUUCCAUCGAGGAGUGGCCGUGGCAGGCCAGCCUGCAGCACAAGGGACAGCACGUCUGUGGCGGGAGCCUCAUUGACCCCCAAUGGGUUCUGACAGCAGCACACUGCUUCCGGAGCCACCUUUUGACUGAGCAGUGGCAAGUGAAAGGCGGCUCCGAAACUCUCUCAGGCACCACGGCUGUCCCUGUGGAAAAGGUCUUCGUCAUUGACAUCAAGUCCAUGUUUCCCAAAGACAUGGACAUUGCCCUGGUCAAGCUGCGAGACCCCUUGAGCACCCCAGAGUCUGUGAGGCCCAUCUGCCUGCCCUUCUUUGACCAGGAAAUAGCCCCAGGCACUGCCCUGUGGGUCACAGGCUGGGGGUACACCAGGCAGAACGGUAAACUGUCUAAGACACUGCAGCAGGCGAAGGUGGAGUUGGUCAACAUCAGCAGCUGCAACGCAGCCGACGCCUACCAGGGGGAAGUCACGGGGAAGAUGCUUUGCGCCGGCCAUGACCAAGGCAGGGCCGACACCUGCCAGGGAGAUAGUGGGGGGCCCCUGAUGUAUGAGCAGGAGCACUGGCACGUGGUGGGCCUCGUCAGCUGGGGCCAUGGUUGCGGAGGCCCCAGCACCCCUGGAGUCUACACCAAAGUCCAGGCCUACCUCAACUGGAUCUACACCAUCCGCAGGUCAGAGCCCUGAAACGGGGCUGGCCAUCCUGUGCCCACCCUUGGAGCAAUGUGUGCAGGAGAGGACAUCCUUCCAGCCACGCUGCAGCCUCCACUGGGGCCACAGGGAAACUCAAGGGGCCAGCUGGAGGAAGGAGCCUGCAGCAAGGGGCCAGACAGGGA